AUUCACUCACUAAUGACUGUCUCAGAAAAAAACUUCAUGAUAAAACAUACGUUUUGUAAGAAGAGAACACUUGCAAAAAACACACACAAGAACCGAUCAACAAAAUGGACUUCGAUGAUGAUGACGAGGUGAUUACACCACAUUAUGCUCGGAAGUUUAAGGUUCCAAGUGACCCCAUGCUCUUGGCCGAAUAUGAGCUUUUUAAUCCUACUUCGGCUACUUUGAACCUGCACAGCGAACACAACCGCGAGAUUUUUGCGGAGGCCUUCAUCGAAGGUGACUUGGAUACCCUGGAGCACCUGUGCGUGAAAAGCUUGGCCAAGUUGGGAACUCGGGGCUUGGCGCCAAUUUUGUUGGAGACUCCGGAGCUAAUGCGAGUGUUCUACGACUCUCUCGACGUGGAGUUGCCCCUGAGGGAAUGCUAUGUGAUCGACGACCAGCGCUUUUGGCGACGUGUGGUACUCAGCAAGACGCUGGACAAAACCCUGCACUUGAAGCGUUUGAACGAGUUCGACUGGAAAUCGGAGGGGGUCAGCCGGAAGUUCGUAGAACUUUUGGAGGACUGUCCAGUAAACAUAGAACCGGAAACAAAGCUUGCCCGACUGGCGGGCAAGGUAUGGGAAUACGUCAACUCCAUGCAUGUUCGAAGGUUGCAGGCACUUCCGGAUUACAAGUUCAAUAAGUUUCUGGACAGUGAACCCGAUCAGGACAUAACCUCUUCCUCAUCGGAUGAGGAGACAAUCUCUAGCGACGAACCGGAUACAGACUUAGGAUUGGACGGAGAAGAAGGUGAAGAGGAAGAUAGCGUUAUUAAGGUGCAGGAAAUUCAAUUCUGGCGGACGAGCAGCAUAGAUGACGAAUGCAGCGGCCGCCGUGCGGAGCGACGGAAAAGAAAUGCUGCCCGUCAGGCAGCCCGAGAUCUGAUCGCACAGAAACGGCAGGAACAUGAGGGUCGCAAACAAAAGCUCUUUGCAGCCCGGGAAGCUUUAGCCAAUCCUCCGCCGAAACCUAAGAAGAAGAAAAAGAAAAAGACGCCGCCCAUACAGGAUGUAUUCAAUAUUCCAGUCGAGCCUGAACCGGAGGACGAUGAGGACACAAAGCCAGAUCAGCGAAACAAGACGUUGAUGCUUAACAGGAUCAAGCGAUAUAACUAUCCCGACGAGCACUGUCACCACAUUGACUUGGGACUUGUGAGGAUCUUUGGGAAUCUGGUGUCCUUUACCUUGGAGUUUUUGGGACCACCACAUGUUCAGAAUUAUCACAAUCGCCUCAUAAAGUUCUCAUACGGCGACAUGGUGCGCCUUGGACGAGGACUGCGCUGCUUAUCCUGCCUCAAAACUUUCAGGCUUCGAAAUUCUAGCAUCGAUGCUCGGAAACUUCAAAUCCUGGCACGCAGCCUGCGAGUAAUGGACUCUCUGGAGGAGUUAGACUUUGGCUACGACCUGAUGCCGGACGACUGCCAUGAGGCAAUACGAUACUUGUUGGAUCGACCAGUUAUGUUCCGAAUGCUUCAACUCGAGUACAACAAACUCGGCUCUAAUACAGCGGGAGUGUUAAGCAAGGCCUUGACCCAGGAAGACCAAGAAGGUGUUUUGGAAUAUCUGGGCUUGGCCCACAACCCUCUGAACGAGACAGCUCUGCACACGCUCUUCCAGGGCAUUAUCGGUUCACCGCACGUCCUGGCCCUGAACAUUUCUGGGAUCGUCGGGAGCAAGGGCACAGGUUCCAUGGGCAGAGAAAUCGGAUAUUUGCUGCGAAAUCAUCCGCCGCUCUUAAGUCUGGAAAUGGCAUCAAUCAAUAUCGGUGUCUCUCAGGGAUAUCUGCUUUUAAGGAGCUUGGAGCAAAAUCAAAAGGUUUUACAUGUGGAUUGCCGAGAGUGCGACUUGGAUAUCGACCAAGAGUUCGAGGCAGACAUAAUAGUGCGGCGCAACAAUUACAUAUUGAAAAAUAUGCAUCAUGGGGAAAACCUGUGCGCCGUUGUCAAGGAUCGACGCCAUCCGAUUGUCCAACGGAUCGAGGACUACAAUGCUGCCAGAAAGGAGUGCUGUCUGAAUCGACCGCCCCUAUUACCUCCCACCGUGGAAAUAGCACCGCCAGUGGUCGAAGAGAAGAAGGAGGAGGAGGAGCGCGACAUCUGGGCCAUUCUGGGGAUAAAUAUCAAGCCGACAGUGCCUGUAGAUACAGCGGAGGAGCGGAAGACCGUCGAACCACGUUCUUCCGUCUGGUUGCCACCCUUCGUUUACGAGCCCAACUCCUUUGAUCUGGAGCAGUUUCGAGAGUCCGUGUAUUUGCCAGGUCCUGGAAAUCGAUUUUUCUACCUGCAGAAGAACAAAAUGCCCUAAUUCUCAGUGUCCUUGUUAUCUGUCCUAAGGGAAUUAUUGUCUAACAUUGUACUCUGACUAUAUUUUCGCAGCAUUAAAGACGCCAUUUAGCCGGCA